AUGGGAACCGACGUCAGGACGCGGCAGAGCCCCGGCAGAUUCCCACCAGGGACGCGGCAUCCUGCCCUGACCCAGCCGUGCCCACGCACACCGUGCCCUGUGCUCAGGGUCGGGCCCUGCACGGACCUGCACCCGGGGGUCGGCUCCCAUAUGGACCCACGCUCAGGGACUGGGACCCCACACGACCCUCUCGGCUGCCCCUCGGGACAGCCGCCAGGGGGCGCCCUCCCCGCACUCCGCCCCCCCCCGGGGCAGCCCCGGAGGGACCCGGGGGUCCGGACCCCCCCCCCCGAAACCUCCUCACCGCGACCCCCGCCCGCCCCACCCACGGUGUCUGAGGAGGGCUGUCAUGACCCGGGACCCCCAAACCCGCUGUUCCAGCCCCCCCGUGGGAACCCCCACGGCCUGGGGGGGCGAGGCGGAGUUCGCUCCCGGCCGGGGGUGGCGGGAGCCAGGGUGGGGUCCCGGACACCCCGCGGGGGCCACGGGAUCCCCGGCGGGGCCACACGGGAUCCCCGGCGGGGCCACACGGGAUCCCCGGCGGGGCGCGGGAGCCGCGGCGGGGCCACGGGAUGGACGGCAGCCUCUGACUCGGCCGUCUCCUUCCUGCCCCGCCUGGCCCCGGGGCCGGCGGCCCCCGCCCCGCCGGCGGCUCUUGCAUCAGCCCGGUGCUCCGGGCUGUGCCCCACUGAUAACGCCCGACACCGGGCGUCGGCCCCCGCCCCGCUCCGCCCGCUGCCCCCCGCUCUGCCCCGCAGCGCCCCGGGCCGGGCUGCGGGGCCGGGAACCCGCGGGGUGCUGCGGAGCCUGGCGGCGAGGGCACCGGGGCCCGCCCAACGCAUCCCCGUGCCCGCAGAGCCCCGCACGGAGCCCACGCUCCAGCAGAGCACGGCAGGAUGGAGCGCGUCCCUCCCCACGAACCCCGGGGCGCUGCAGGGGCCCCGUCCCGCAGCGUGUGCGUGGGACCCGGCACACCGCGAACCCCGCGUGUGGAGCUCCUUGUGGAGCCCAAACACCCCACAGCACCCCCGACUGCUCCCUAUGGAGCCCAAACACCCCACAGCACCCCCGCCUGCUCCCUGUGGAGCCCAAACACCCCACAGCACCCCCGCCUGCUCCCUAUGGAGCCCAAACACCCCACAGCACCCCCGCCUGCUCCCUAUGGAGCCCAAACACCCCACAGCACCCCCGACUGCUCCCUAUGGAGCCCAUACAUCCCCUGCCAUGGCUCAGGACUGGGCUCGCACCUCCUGCACCGAAAGCCCCGGCCGGCUCUGCGCGGAGCCCGCACACCCCACGCCAUCCCCGCACGGUGUCCGGGAUCCGUCCCGCAGCCUCCAGGGCUCUGCAGAGCCCGCGUGUCCCGCACCAUCCACGGGGCACGGCUGGGAGCCCUCCUGCCCCCUCCCACGGUCCCGCGUGGACUCAGCACAUCCCAAACCAUCCCCGCAACGUGGGACCGCUCCUUCCCGCAGUGGGUACAGCCCCGCGGCUCCCUAUGGAGCCCAUACAUCCCAUGCCAUCCAUGCGGCACGGCUGGGAUCUUCCAUCCGUCAGGUGCCCAACACGGGUCAGCAUGGAGCCCAUACAUCCCUCACCAUGCCCAGGGCACGGCUGGGACCCCUCUGGUGGCUCCCUAUGGAGCCCAUACAUCCCUCACCAUGCCCAGGGCACGGCUGGGACCCCUCUGGUGGCUCCCUAUGGAGCCCAUACAUCCCUCACCAUGCCCAGGGCACGGCUGGGACCCCUCUGGUGGCUCCCUAUGGAGCCCAUACAUCCCUCACCAUGCCCAGGGCACGGCUGGGACCCCUCCCACCGCAUGUGCCCCCCUGGCUCCCUAUGGAGCCCGCGCCCCCAUCCCACAGCAUCUCCCACCCCAACACCCCCCGACAAGGCAGGGGGCACCCCAGGGUGCCCUCCCAGCCCCGCCAUCCCCCGCCCACCCCGUCCUCCCCCUCCGAGCCCCAGGGACCCCCCGAGGUGACCCCGCACCUACCCCUGGGGUGCCUCCGCCGCCCCUGCCCGCGCUCUGCCCGCGGCUGCCCGGGGUGUGAGACGCCAAUGCCUGAGUCACGCUCACCUCCCUAA